GGCUAUGAUGUUAUUGUGCUGUGAUAGAUAAGAUAGAAUUGUACAACAUUGUUUAAAAACUGUCCGUACUGGAGAUAAUGUGCUAGUCGUAGCACAAGUUUUUCGCGCUUGAAUGAUUAACCAGAUAGCAACUCCUCAGAUACCGACACACAUAACGUUAUGGACAACGGUGAUUUAACGUUAACAGUAAUGUGAGUCGGUGUUCAGUCGGUGUGUGUCUGAUCCACCAACCAGCACUUUGAAACGAUCCGCCUCUCGUUCCAACACUUUUUUCCCACUGAAAGAGCGCAGCUACAACAAAGGCUGAACGCGCUGAGCUCCCAUGGUGAUGCUGUGAUGGAGGAACUACUGAUCAUCGUAAAUGUUUGUCAGACGGAACGUUACUGAAGACACACAGUUUGAAAGCUACAAACAUGCCUCGGCCUGAUCGGAGCAGACUGUCUCCUUGGAUAGAGAGUCUGAUCCUGAGCUAUGGCGGUGAGGAGGGGAACAGCAGCAGCAGUGGGCGGCUGAAGGCUCAUGUCAUCGGGGUGGGUCAGAUGUCUCAGUCCCAGGCUCAAGGUUCUGAGAGCCCCACAGGGCUGCUCUUCCUCUCCGACGGGGUCCUCCAGAUCCCUGCCAUCCUCACUGUAUCCGCCUGGGAGCAUCUUCAGGAGCAGGAGGACCGCGAGUGUUUCACCAGUCUGCUCAACACCACAGUGUGCAUUCAGGACUACCGGCUGCAGUUCCACAUGGCCCCGGAACAGACUAAAUGCAGAUUCUUCUUAUCAGUUGGAGAGCUGGCUACCACUGCAGCCGGGCCAGUUAAAGAAAGCACCCCUUGCUGCACAACGCUGCCCUCCGUCAGGCUGAAGAUCUGUAAGACGUGGAGGGACCUGCUAGGUCAGGAGACGCAGGAUUCUCAGAAGAGCCAGUGUGGGUUUGAUCUGUCUGAGCUGCUGGGGGAGUGGCAGCAUGACUGUCUGCAGAACGUUCUGGUGGAUGUUAGGGAAAGGCUGAUGGUAGUGAGCGGCCGCCCUGUGAGCCCGCAGCCCUCCACCUCGAAUACCACCUCAUUGGUGACCCACCCUGACACAUUCCCUGCCACGAGCUGGGAUGUUGAACGAGUCAGAUUUAAGAGGGAGAAAUGUUUCACUGUCCCCAUCAAGUGUCUUCUCAUCCCAGAAGAAGAUGCUCAGCAGCUGCAGACUUCAAAGAAUAUUGGAAGCAGAACUGUCACCUCUGAGGACAGACAGAAGGAUUUACCACAAGUCUGCAAACCUUCAGAGACCGCACAGCCUUCUGUUGAUGAUGCAGAGUGGCGGAUACCCAAGCCAGUGGGUGUAGAGACGGGUCAGGACGUCAGCCAGAACUCACCUCUUCCUGCGGAGGACAGCCUGCUGGAUGAUGACAUGAUCGCCGGGGUGAUCGACAGUGACAUCAGACCUUUAUCCAACCCUUGGGACCUUUUUCCUCCACCAGGUGACACCUGCUCGUCCUCCGAAGCGUCCCCAGAAGCAACACCGACCCGCUCAUUGCACAAUCCCACUGCUGCUGAGUCCAAGCCGGAUCACGCUGCAAUCUUAACCAGCACGCAACGUCCUGUCCACAGCCCGAAGGAAUCCCGGCAGACUUCAGAGCACAGCAAAGGAGAGCACAGCUACCUUCCACCGUACCAGAAACCGCCAAACUCAGCUAGCCUCUCCGCCUCUGCUGGCUCUUCAGCUUCAACUUCUGCCAGUCCACCGGAACCGUCAAAGCUGUAUCCUGCCACAGAUGAACAGCGCGCGGACACAGUACAACAAAAUCUUCCUGCCUUGGACCAAGAAAGUAAAACUUUGGAGAAGGACAUGGAGGCUGUUGGAGGAACAUGUAGAAAAGCAAAGAGAAAGAGAAGUGAACCCACACCAGAAGCACAAACCACCUUAGCGGAUGAGGAAGAGGAGGAAGCUCAGCUCAGUGGCAGUCCUCCAUCUUGGCUCUUUGACACUCAGGCGGGCUCCAGGGCCAAUGAAGGCAGCAGUCACCACCAGGGUCAAACUGAAGGGACUGUCUUGAGACAAACCCCCACCAUUCACAGCGAUGGCAGGCCGUUCUGUUACUCUUACCAAGUGUCCGGACAGAAUCUGCAGGAUUUCAGUCGGUUCAAGGUUGCUGAAUCCUGGCUGCACUGGGCGGUGAAGUAUCUUGUUGUUCCAAAGCAGACUGAAAAUCCACACAACACGGAAAACAGAACCUCCAAUCAAACGGCAUCUGACAGGACGGAGGUCACCUCUCUUUAGGUUCAAAACACACAUUUAAGCUGGUCUUUUAUUGUUUCAGUUGCAGGGGCGGAUAGAGUGAUAUUCGUGGGGUGUCUAGAGGGUGUCAGAAAUAUAUGCUAAUUUAAUCACAAACAGUCCCAUAUGUCAAUAUUUGCUUGGAAAAGCCCCAAAAUGAAGAUAUCGAACUCAAAAACAUGACUGUUGCACAUUAGUCAGACAUUUUUCCACUGAACUUAAGCCUAUCACCAUAUCUAUAAAAUGACAGACCACUAAAUUAUAUGUCUUCAUUUCAGUUUUUUAACAUGUUAGUUUUUAAAUGAAUCUAAGAUGGCCAGGCAUUUUUUAGCCACCCCUCUAGAUCCGUCCCUGUUCAGCAGUUGUUUUCAGCCUGUUCACUCAUGUUCCAGGGCAGCUCUGUAUUGUUUAUUUUGUACGGUACGAGCAAAACCUUUUUUGUAAAUUAAUGUUGGUCCACGCUUACUGUGAAACAUUUUAAGCUUGUUGAGCAUAAAUAAACUAAAAAAAAAAGUUGAUUUGCUGUCUUGACUAAACUAGAAUAAUUUGACAACAAACUUGACUGGACAUCUCUAUGUACUGAAAUGUUUUAAAUAUUAUUGAGAAAUGUGUAUUGUUCAACUAUGAAACAAAACCAACAUGGGACCAAUGAUUUUCCUUCAUACUUUCUUUUUUGCCAGCCUGGAAGUUAAAUGGGCUUUAAAGGUCCAGUGUGUGACAUUGAGGAGGAUCUAUUGUCAGAAAUAGAAUAUAAUAUUCAUAGGUAUGUUUUCAUUAGUGUAUCAUCACCUGAAUAAAGGGAUCGUGUUCUUGUUC